GUGUGUGUUAGCUCAGUGGUAGAGACAGAACUUGCCUAUCAAUACUCCAGGCUCUAGGUUCAGUCCCUCAUUCCACAGUUAAAAAAAUAAAUAACCUUGGUCAAAUCCUUGAGUGAGGAAAAGAAUCAAAAUGAAAUAGGUCACAAUAGGCAAAACCCCACAGUUCAGAGGACGCAGCAGACUCUAGUCUCCAUGUGUCACCUACUAUGGCAGUGGCCUAGUUUACUUUCUGUUGCUGUGACAACCACCCUGACUAGAGCAACUUGGGGGAGCAAGGGCUUCUCCAGUUUAUAACUCCAGGUUUCGCUCUGUCAUGGAGCGGGAGUCAAGGCAGCAGCAGGGUCACAAAGCAUCCUGUGACAUCACACCUGAGAGCAGAGAGCAGCAAACGUAUACACGCUGCUGGCUUGGUUUUGCUCAGCGGGCUUCCUUCACUCUUACAUGGUCCAGGGCCCAGCCCCUGCUGUGGUGUUGCCUACAUUCAGAGUGGGUCUUCUAUCCCCACUUCAGGUAAGGCAACCAAAACAGUGCUCCACAGACAUGCCCAGAGCCUGAUCUAAGGAACCCCGAGGCGACUCUAGGUUGUGGAAAGCUAAAAUUUAAAGCUAGCCAUCACAUACAACGGAAAGAUCACUCUGCCUCAAAGAUCACUCUGCCUCCAAAAAGACUCAGAAAAAGCAAGGCAUUCCAUCUAGAGAAAAUGAAGGCAAAUGAAGCCAAUUCUGAGACGACCCAGAUACUGGAAUUAGCAGACAAGGCCCUUAAAUUUAAUUAUUAAAAUAAUUAAAAUGAAUAUGUAACAUAAAAAUUUAAGAAUGUGAAAAUGUAUAAAAAUGAAAAGUAUAAAAAUCUGUAGUGGUAGUAUUAGAGGGCAUACUGCUGUGGAACCAUCUUUUUGUACACUGUAAAUACAUAUUACUCUCACUGGUUAAUAAAGAGCUGACUGGCCAAUCGCUAGGCAGCAAAAGUUUAGGCAGGACUUAUGGACAAAAAGAAACUGUGAGGAAGAAGAAAGGCAGAGUCACAGUCGCUAGGAGACGCGGAGAGAAGCAAGGUGAAUAUGCCAUGCUGAAAACUGCCCUACCACAUGGUGGAAUGCAGAUAAGGCUUAUGGGUUAAUUUACGAUGUAAGUGCUAGUUAGUAACAAGCCCAAGCUAUCGGCCAAGCAUUUAUAAUUAAUAAUAAGUCUCUGUGUGGUUAUUUGGGGAGCCAGCUGGUAGGACAAAGCUGACUGGUGGUCCCCACAAAAAAGUCCGCCCACAGCAUACCAUAGAAAAAGUAGCUACAGGUGAGCCCAUACUGAUAACUGAUUGACGAAAUAAACAAGUUAUCCAAAGGCUAGCUCAUCCUAACAUAAUUAUAGGAUGGGAAGAAACACAGCACAACUAUCAGAGGGCAAGACUCUGGCAGGCAUGUAAAGAUGGAUGUCAAAUUAGUAGGUGAAAGUGUGAGGAGAAACAAUAUUUGCCUAAUUUAACAAGAAUCUCCAGAUUGUUCAUUACUAAUUUGAAUAACAAUAUAAAACAAUACUGUUUACACAGAGAAAAACAAUCACAAGAAACCUCCAGGUGCUACAUUUCAAAUCACUGACAAGCAGUGAUGACUGUGUUUGUCCCUUACCGUGUGCAUGAGGGACUCAUGACCUCUGUGGUGCUCUUGUUAAACACAUGACCCCAGUAACUCUGACUAAGACAUUAGGGAAAAAGCUAAAUCAAGGGUAUAGCUGGAGUUUUCUGCCUGGCCCACAGUCAGGACAAAUCUCUCUCACCUGCCAGUCCCACAGCCGUCAGACCCAACCAAGUAAACACAGAGACUUAUAUUGGUUGCAAACUGUAUGGCCGUGGCAGGCUUCUUGCUAACUGUUCUUACAGCUUAAAUUAAUCCAUUUCCAUUAAUCUAUACCUUGCCACAUGGCUCGUGGCUUACCAGCAUCUUCACAUGCUGUUGUUUCUCAUCAUGGCGGUUGGCAGUGUCUCUCUGACUCAGCCUUCCACUUCCCAGCUUUAUUCUCCUCCUUGUCCCGCCUACACUUCCUGCCUAGCCAAUGGCCAAUCAGUGUUUUAUUGACUAAUUAGCAACACACUUGACAAAAAGACCAUCCCACAGCACAAGGGUGUCCAACAAAAUGACUUCCUGGUCCCCUUCCGAAGAGGUCAAGUUGGGACGGAGAGGGGAAGCCAAGGAAGUGCCAGAGACUGGUGUGGAAAACAGAGAUAGAUACCUUACUGCUCAUGGCAGUGUAUGCAGUGAAUACAGGUCAGGUGGAGUGUGGGGGAGGAUUUCACAUCUUUGUGCAGGUAUUUUAAACUGAGGAAUUAUAUAUAUUUACCUUUCCACCCUCUUGCUCUCCUUCCUUCCUUUCCAAUUGAGCAUAAUUUAAUUAGACUAGUUUGAAAUUUUUACUUCUGUCUAAUGGAUUACUAACUAUUAUGGUGAACUUACUGGUGUGACAAUAAUCUAGAUUUUAAAAAGAACCAGGGGGAAUAACAAAUUAAACAUUUCCUCCCACCUUUUGGCAUAGAGAAAACUAAUAUUCCCACAAAGGCUGACGCUCUGAGAUAACACUGACAUACUUAUAUUAACAAAUGCCUCCACGACCUUGACCAUUAGCAUUGUUUCUUUCCGGUUAAAAUUGUAACCAAGAUAUGGAUGGUGACGCUGUUCUUCUCUAGGUGUUUCUGUGGGGGAAGGGGAGGGGUGUGCUUAAUAUUUAACAGUCCAGGCUCUCAUAAAUCUCUGCCAGUCAUCUGAACAGUUACUCAUGAAUCCCAUAGAUCUCAGCCUUUUCAUGGUUAGAAUGAGAUGCAUCAAUUAAGCAUGUGGGUUUCUCAGCUCCACUGUAUUAUGGUUUUGCUGAGAACCACAUGCUCUCUUACUUGUUUUUAACUUUCACAAGAACCAAGGAUCGGUUGAGGGCUGGGAAGUUGUGAUUCUACUCAACACAUAGAAGAGCGAAGAAAUACUAUUUAAAGAACGUCCUGCCUCUGAGGACUUUUAAGAAGGUGAGACAUAUUCCUGAGUUCUGUGUGGAACACAGAUAUAAAUAUCACCACCUCCCUGCUCCCGGCUUAACCUAUAGUGGGUUGUAUCCCCUAAAAAGGGCUCUUAGGGUGAAAGAAGGUCCUUGGGGGCUGGAGGGUAUAGUGUGCCAUUCUCCUGGUGCCAGCUGGUCAGGGAAGGCAGCCUUUGUUACCAUUUGGAUCCCCCCGCCCAACACACACAUACAUCUAAAUGGUCUUUGAAUGCGACCGCAAUCAAACCUGCCUACCAGAGAAGUCAGCCACCCGCCUCUGGGGACCUGCAAUCACAUCUUAUUGUCAUUCUGGUGUGCAAAUGUUAGGAAGUGCAUGCAAUUAAAAUCAGUCUGUGAUUGUAAUCAGCAGUUAUUAAUUUCUCAUUUUCCUCAGCUGCCAGUGCACUUUUGAGAAUCUCUAGUUCAGGGUGGAGAGAUGACUCAGAGGUUAAAGGUGCUUGGCAGCAAGCCUGAGUUUAAACUCCAGGAAGAAAAGAACUGACUCCAAGUUGUCCUCUGCCUUCCAACAUCUGCAGGUUCCCCUUAAAUAAAUGUAAAUAAAAAUCAAUCCUCAAUUCUUCCAGCAAAAUGGCUAAGGCCUCAUCCAUUCAUUUCUUCUUGAACUUUCUUCUAUCUCCAAGCUCUCUUUCCCUUCCUCUCCCACCCUGCCAAGUUCAGCAAAGCAGGAGUUCGAGAGUGUUUGCAAUGACUGCUAUUUCCUGCCUCCACCAGGGGUAUUGGAACUCUGAAGGAAAAUUCCUGGAAAGAGGCAGAGACCACAAAGGCUAAUUGAGGGAUCAGAACAUCAAUGACUGCAGAGGUUGGAACGCUGUUAAGUUCAGCGCCCAAUCAUUUUGGAUUAUCUUUAGUCCCCUUCUAUGGUCAUUUACUGCCCUCCCCUGUAUGAGGUAAAGACUUUGAUAUAUACAAUCAGAUCCCUAGCUUCUAAACCCAAAUGCUAAGAAUAUGGCCAGAGAGCAUUGGCAGUCCACAGUAAAGGGUUCCUAUUGCUUUGCUGUAACCCACCUUCCUGAUACAACUCACAUGUAGUUGAAAAGUUUGUUGGUUUAUGGCAUUCUUUGUUCUGUUCCCUUAAGUCUCAGGAAAUGCAUAUAUCCAGAAAUGACAGUCUUGGCCCACCUUAAGCCGGACUGGACCGCAGAAGGAUUUCUGGAAGUUAAAUAAAAGUCAGCAUUCUUCAGGAACGUAUGAAACAGGUUCCAAAAGGAGUCAUUCCCCUGCCUCUCUGGCAGAAGGGACAUAUAGCUCUCCAUUGACAUAUGCCCAUGGUUGCAUAACAAAGCCCAUGCUGGCCUCCAGGUUCCCACAGACCCUGUUCACAAGUACCUGUCAUACACUUCAAACCCCCAACUUGAGCAUUCUGGCCCUUCUCACCUCCUCUACCCCAAAUUCCUAGGCCUGUUCUAGCUCACAGGCUUCCCUUCUCCUGUUCCUUCUCUAUAUAAUGGCAAGGCUCCGUUCCCACCCCCAUCCCCCAAUCUCACCAUGUCUACUAUUCUCUCCUGCUAUUCCUCCCCCUUGUAGAUAGCCCUGGCCAUGUCCAGCAGUCUGCUGCUUUCUCUCUCUGCUCCGAACUCUUCCAGAUGCCUCGAUAGCUCCUUUUUCUUACCUACAAUAAAAACCUUUCCCUUUACUCGUCAAAUGGGCCAUUUUGAUGAUUUCUUUACUGUGACCCCUCACACACAAUUAAAACCUCACAUAACUGAUGUCACAUUGGAAAAUGGGAUCUGUAUUCUUGGGCCAUGGCCACUCAUAUUUGGCUCCAUAAUAAACCCUCUCUUAAGUCACUUUGAGGUGAGAGCUGUAUUUUCUUGCAACAAGAUGUAUUCGCUGAGAAUGAAGGAUCAUUGUACUGGGAUAUCCUAUUAUAUAGCAUUUUAAGUGCUGAUCAUAGGAUCCCAAUGUCUGAGGCUAACAAUUGCCCAUUGAAUUCCAAAGAUACUACCCAACUUCCACAACUCAUGUGGGUUGUGUUACUCACAUAACACAGAAAGGGUAGGCCAGGCGCACUCUACAAAAGCAGUAGGAAAAGAGACAAUUCGCUGGGUGGAAAAGCCCUGAACUAUUUGAAGCACUUACUUUUACUUGGAAGUUAAUUAACUCAGGCAUGGUAUCCUCACACAUACUCCAAUGCUUGGUCCUUGAGGGGCCACAGCAACGCCAUGGCUAGACUUCUCCUGGCCCCAGCCUCCACUAGGCCUGAGUUUUGUUUUGUUUUUUUGGUGUUUUUGAGACAGAGUUUCUCCGUGUAGUUUUGGUGCCUUUCCUGGAUCUCGCUCUGUAGACCAGGCUGGCCUCGAACUCACAGAGAUCCGUCUGGCUCUGCCUGCGCCACCACCGCCCUGCUCUGCUAACCCAGCACGGGCGUCUCCACUCAUUUGAGACCCUCAACUUCCUCCAUGGUGGCGGAGGGUGCAGGCAGGUUUCCCGCCAACACUUCCAGCUCAGCUUCCUAGCCGAGGGAGGCGUGAGGGCGCAGCGGGCGCAGCGGGCGCAGCGGGCGCGCCAGCCGGGCGACGAGCACGCGCAUUAGGUGCGGUCGGGCCCUCAGGCCCCGCCCCUCGAGCGGUGCCCCGCCUCUCGGUCCUCGCGCAUGCCCAGCUGUGCUUUUCCCGUGGGGCUCUGGGGCGCGCGGCAGAUUUGUCGCUCAUGGCGGCUGCGUGCUCCCUAGGCUGCUCCUCUGCUUCUUGUGCAUGUAACCGCCAGGGCAAGUGGAGCGACCCCUCGCUGCUGGAGAAGCGGCUCUCGGAAGACUCGCGCCGCCACCGGCUGCUUCAGCAGUGGACGAGCAUGUCGAGCGCGGACGCGGCGGAGGCGGAGGCGGAGCCCGAGCCGUGCGGGGAGAAGGCGGCGGCGGCGGCGGCGGCGGCGGCGGCCGGGGAGAACCCGCUCGUGUUCCUGUGCUCGCGCUGUCGCCGGCCGCUGGGCGACUCGCUCACCUGGGUGACCAGCCAGGAGGACAGCAACUGCAUCCUCUUGCGCUGUGUUUCCUCCAAUGUGUCUGUGGAUAAAGAACAGAAACUGUCCAAGUGCGAAGGCGAAGACGGCUGCAUUCUUGAGACUCUGUAUUGUACAGGCUGCUCCCUCCGCCUUGGCUAUGUGUACAGAUGCACUCCCAAGAACCUAGACUACAAGAGGGACUUGUUCUGCCUCAGCGUUGAAGCCAUUGAAAGUUACACUUUAGGGUCCUCCGAAAAGCAAAUCCUGUCGGAAGACAAGGAGCUUCUCAAUCUGGAAAGCAGAGUUGAAAUAGAGAAGUCUAUAAAGCAGAUGGAAGACGUCCUGAAGGCCUUGCAGACGAAGCUGUGGGAGGUUGAGUCAAAACUGUCCUUGGCUGGCUGCUGCCGCUGAGCUGCCCUACCCCACCUGCCCCACCCUGUUCCUCAUGGGUAGUCAGACUCCUUCUGUGUACUUUAGGGGAAGAAGUAACUGUUCUCCGUAUGUGAAUUUUAAAGCCAGUUUAUGAUACAUGCUGGAACGAGGUUUUGUGAGUUUUUAUUUUAUUAAAAAACGGGGUGAUUUUUCUGUCUUUUUUUUGUUAAAUUCAUUGUACGUGUGCAUUUUUCUAUUUUUUAAAAACUUUGUCACUUAAUACUUUGGAUAUUAAAGAGUGAGUAGUAAGAAAAUCUUAAUUGUUUUUCUCAUCUGCUUUGUGGUAUAGUCUUUGAAGAUUAGUGCUUAAGCCUCUGGAAAAACUGGUCAGUCCACUUGCUAGAAUGACUUGGAAAUUUGUGCAAGAAUAACCUACCAUCUCAUCCUGCUGUGGAAUCUUCAUGCUUAAAAUGCCAUCUGUAUGCAGUGAGAUCCCAUCCUGCUGUUCACUAGAUGCUUAAAAAUAACAUCUGUGUGCAGUGAGAUUCCAUCCUGCUGUGGGAUCUUUAUGCUUAAAAUACCAUCUGUGUGCAGUGAGAUCCCAACCUGCUGUGGUAUCUUCAUGCUUAAAGAUACUUACCAAAGAGUAUGUAACUUCUGGGGUAAGAUUUUAGUGUAAUAUAUUAGAUUUCGAUUUUCUAUAAUGUAAAACUUUUAUAAUGAACAUUUAUUAUUUUAUAAUAAGAAAGAAUAAAGAUUUUUAAAAUGCUUGAA